AUGAUCGAUAAUAUUUUUGUAUCUAAAUUUAACCAAAUUCGAUUAACUUUUGGUCUUGAUAGAGAUGCUCUGAAUUUUAUAGAUCAAGAAACCAGGAAGAUCGCUGAAAACCCAGCAAAUGUUUUGGAAUAUUUAAACAACAUUCAUAACUACGUUCACACAAUCCCAGAUUUAGCGCGCCUUGUAGAUGAUAUUUCUGAUGAAAUUAAAAAACAAUCAAAUCCAAAAGAAAAUUCAAAUAGUUUUAACGAAAUUUUACGAAUUUUCAAGGAAAUCAGUAACAAAUCCGCAUCAUUAUUUGUAAAUCUCAUGUCACUGUUCCUAUCCAACCUAAUUCCAUCCAUUUAUUUCCUUGAUUUUAUCAAAACUAUUUUACAAACAUCGGAUAAGUACACGCAACCACUAUAUAAUAUUAUAGAAGUAUCAGUUCUUGCGAUACAGAUCAAUCCUUUUGGCUUUUUGAAGUCUCUUCAACCAGUUGAUUUACAAAAGGUUUCUAUCAUAUACGAUCCAAGCUAUAAUACAUCUAGGCCAUUCCAGUUUUUGUUUUUGUGCAAUUUUGUACUAACUGAAGACGAAUUAUCCCAUUUAUUAAAUCUUAUUUGGUUAUAUAGCUUUAAAUUGCUCAAAUCCGAAAAUGUUGUUGAAGCACUUGGUUCUAUUAACGAAAAACUAUCUGAAUACUUCAAAACUCUCUCCAAAAGCUACGAACCAGAGGAAUUUCACCCAACCAAAGUUUCAAAAUAUUUAGACAACAUGAUUUUCACUCGUGCUACGAAAUAUAUUUCAAAGCCAUUUUUGGAGUAUUUGACCCAAAAAAAGCCAGAAAAUUUGUAUUCGAAUGUUAUCCAGCUCGCUAACAGCAGUAGAUUCAUUGCAAGUAGCCAAAAUCACUUUAUUGAUGAUUAUAAUGUAUUAUAUAACAGACUUAUUGUUGUUUCUAAUUAUUAUAUUAAUAUUUUACAAUUUUCGAUAACGGGCGACCAAAAGCACUAUACGCAGCUUGAAAAUGCUGUAGAGUAUCUUUGUGGUCAGAAGAUUGGUCUCCAAUUUGGAAAUAUUCCGUUAUUAAUAACAAAAUUGCUCAAAUACCUUGGAAAAGAGUCAAUUGAGCUAUUAAACAGAUUGACUGCGAACAUGAGAGACUAUUUGAACAGAUUGAGCACUGAUAAUCCCGAAUUUCGCGUAGUUGCAAAAAAAUAUUUCCACAAAAGCUUGAGAAAGCGGAUGAUUUAUUUCAAAAUGAUAUCACUCCAACUAUACUCAUCCAUUUACCUCAAUGAAAUCACAGAAUCAAUCAAAACUGCCAUAGAAAAAUUCGGAAUUAUGGAUAAGUACAAAAAGUUCUUGGAUUAUAUAAGAACUGUUAAUCUAUUUGGUCUUAUUGAUGAAAAAAUGGCCUUGGCCAUCUAUUAUUUUCAGAUUCUCAUUGAAAUGUUGAAAGAGAUCAAACUCUCCAACAUUUCGGUCUCAAUAUUUGAAUACUUGGCUGAAAAUAAGCCUCCGUACAAAGAUUUACACGGAAUUACGUCUUGCAUCGAUAUUAUUUUGAUAAGAUUUUUAAGAAUGCUCAAUAAGGCAAUUCCGGACAUGUCUUCAAAUAUAGAAGCGGAUAUUAACACAAAUCCACAAAAUUUGGGCACUUUUCUUUUUAAAUUUACAUCUGAUGGAAACCAAGUCCAAAUUACAUCUUUUAUCAACCCUUGGAUACAAUAA